UAUUAAAGCCCAGCCGACGAUGCGAUGGUGGCUGGGCGCAGACGACAUCAUGUGACAGGGGAGUGGCUCCAAAUCAGGAAACACACACACAAACAGCACCGCUGCGACUCUCUGCAAAGCUGUCGCCAUGGCGUACCACGCUGGGAUUCCGGAGGAUCCCAAUGUUUUGGUCCAGAACAUCAGCUCCAACAUCCAGCGGAUCACGCUGCUGACCUCGGAGUUGCAGAGAGCGGUAUUUCUGCUGGGGACCGACCAGGACAGCAACCAGCUCAGACAGACGCUUCAACAAAAACAACAGCAAGGCAACCAGCUGGCAAAAGACACCGACAAACUGAUGAAAGUCUUCACUUCCCUUCCUAUUGGCCCAGAUCAGCGGCAAAGGAAGCUACAGAAAGAUCGGCUGCUGAACGACUUCUCCGCUGCUCUGAACAGCUUGCAGAAGACGCAGCGGCAGGCGGCCGACAAAGAGCGGGAAUUUGUCGCUCGGGUCCGAGCCAGCUCCAGACUGUCGGGAGGUCAGCCUGACGACAGCUUUGGAAAUGCACCUCCAAGUUACUCCCAGGUGCAAUCACAAGCGGAGAUCAUCACCGAGGAAGACCUGAGACUGAUCCAGGAGAGGGAGACGGCCAUCAGGCAGCUGGAGUCCGACAUCACAGACAUAAAUGACAUCUUUAAGGAUCUGGGCAUGAUGGUUCAUGAGCAGGGAGACAUGAUAGACAGUAUAGAAGCUAACGUGGAGAGUGCGGAUGCCCAUGUUCAGUCUGGCCAACAGCAACUUGCAAGAGCUGCGGAAUAUCAGCGGAGCUCCCGGAAGAAGAUUUGCAUCCUGCUGAUAGUCCUGGCCGUCGCUGGUGUCGUAAUAGGACUUAUUAUUUGGGGCGCUGUCAAAAAAUAAGACCUUCCUCUUCUUGUUGAUGUUGUCACCUUUGACAAAAUAUGAAACACAAUCCCCCUUAUCCUAAGUUGUCUGUCUAUCUUACCGUCGUCAGCCUAUUACAAAAUUUGUUUGCCUUGUUUUUGACAAUGAUGGUAGUUUUAUUGUGAAGGGGCGCCUUAUGUGAAUCAUUUGAUUUAGAUGAUAGUGUUUAUUUUUUUUCUUAUUGCUUCAUUUAAUAAGUGAUGCCACAGCCAUUUUCCAAGUCUUUCCUUUGAAUCUAAUGAUUGUAUAGAUUAUAGAGAAUGUCUUGGUAUAAUGAAUUAAUAUGGAGGUAAUUAUUGAUCAUCCUUCUCAGUGCUUCUUCCUGUCAGGUUACGAAUUAUAACUUCAGACAAACCAAAUUCACCUAAUGCUAUGCUUUAAGUUGGGAAUGUGUGCAGCAAUCGAAAUGAUUGAGAGAAUGCACAUUUAGCAGAUUGAGCUGCAUUUAACACAUUAAAUAAAAAUUUGAAUGUAAAGCUGUCUAACAUUCCAGACAAUAGAGGUGAGAUUUGUUCCUUAGGUUCUUUAUUUCCAAUCAAAAAUAACACGUUUUGUGGGUCCAAUAAUGUAUAUACUGUCCAUCCUGUACAUAAUUCACCUGGUGAGGGCUGAGAAAUUCUGAGAAAUGUUUUUUUUAUUCCCCUGUUUUUUUUUUGUGUGUGUGGUUUAUUUCAACCCACUGACAUUUGACACUCCUGUGCAGCUUUACAAUAAUUGUUUUUUUUUUUGGUUGAUAUGAUCUCAUAUUCAUUUGUAAAAGAAAAUAUUCAAUUACUGUAGUUCAGAAGAAACCGUGUGACCAUUUAUUGGACUGCUACUUAUUAUUCAUUGUAUCAUAUACUGUACAUGACCAAUCCCAAACACAAGCCAAAGCCCAUGAAGGCCCUGGUAUCGUAUGUACAGUCUUGUAAUAAAAGACAGACAUUAAUGCUACAGUUUCAGAAAUGUUCUAAUGCCUUUGUAAAAUCUUUUUCCGAUGUAUGAUAAUAUGGGGGUUUAGGAUCUGAUUGUAAUUCUCAAUAAAUUACAGAACAAAACGAGUGCAGAUUCCCUGUCACUGGAUGGAAAAGCUGCAUACGGAUCGACAUCUCAGAAAUUAAAUGUAUUGUGAAAAGGUC